AUGGAGCAUGAACGCUCGCCUGAGGGCGAUCUGGGUCCCGAUCGGAAACGACGCCGUAAGGUCCUGUCGUGCUUGGAUUGCCGAAGGAGGAAAGUUCAGUGUGACAGGGCUCUUCCAGUGUGUGGACGAUGUGAGAAGGCUGGCAAGCCGUGCUCAUACGAAGACGAGGGCCCUUCUCAGCAAGCUUCCAUUGGACAGAGUGUUCCCUACAUUGCAAGGCAACAGUCUGUUACCGUGAGUAGAGACGUCUGGGAUGAUAUGUUCAACAAAGUCUUGCAUCAGGAGCGUAUGAUCGAGCGAUUGCAAGCUGCUCAAGCAAGUCCUGCAACCCCUGCAACAAUGUCAAUCGCGACACCUCAAUUGCAUGGAGUCGCUGAUACACCAGGCGGUGCCAGCGAUUCGGCUGCAAAGGAGAGAAUACUGUUUCGAGGCAAAGGAUUCAAAACUACGUUCUUUGGUCCAUCUGACCCUAGAAGCGCGAUGACACCUAGCGCUCAUAGCUUCUUCCGUGAAGAGGUAGCACGCAACCCAGAUCUCGUACGCUGCAGGAGAGAUGUACACAAGUUACGAGCAGUCAAAAAGACACUGGAUAGGCAAGAAGCGCGUUUGCCUCAUAAGCCUCUCACGGAAUACCUACCUGAACGAGUCAAGGUUAAUCUGCUUGUCGGAAUGUACUUCGAGAACGUCGACUGCACCUAUGCAAUUCUUCAUCAUCCCACUUUCCAUCGAGAGUAUGAAGAGAUGUGGCGAGAUCCGACCAAAGCAAAGCCUGGCUUCGUGGCCGUUGUACUCUUGAUGAUGGCUUGUUGUCAAUGUGUUGUGCGAGAGAAACAACUUUUCUACAAGGCCGACAGUCCACUUCCCCGUGAGACAGCCAUCGCGCUGAUCCAGGUAUGUGAGUCUUGGAUCGGCAAGUCGAGCCCAAAGCACACUGAUAUGGCUUGGUUUCAAGUACAAUGUCUGCUUCUCAUCGCAAAACAGACUCAACAAAUGAAGAUGAAGAGACGCUGGGUUGAUUCUGGCAAUUUGUUGAGAAUCGCCAUAUCCGCUGGCAUGCACAGGGACCCCGAGUUGCUGCAGAAGAAGACACUGUCUUCUGUUUUUGAGCAUGAGAUGCGAAGAAGGAUUUGGGCGUUCAUCGUUGAGUGGGACCUACAGACAUCUAUCGACAGAGGCAUGCCGGCGGUGUCGUUGGAUAUUGCAAGCGAUAUUGCUCCUCCUUCAAAUUUGCACGACACAGAUUUCGACGAAUCCACCACCGAUAUACGGACAUCUAGGCCUCUCACAGAGAUGACAAAGAUGACUUAUAUGUGUCUGUCAGCUCGAAGUCGAAGUCUAAGAAGGAAGAUUAUCACAAUGUUCAAUCAGCCUUUGCACCAGGUGUCAUAUGAUGAGGUGUUGGCUUAUACGCAAGAGCUCGAGCUUAGUCUGGCCUCGCUACCUGACUGGGUUGGAGACAGACUUCAAAAUCUGACAGCACACGAUCAAAGCAUUGCGCUCCUGCAUAUUCAACUGGAGCAAUUCCUACUCAUCCUGCAUGCACACGCAGCCCGCCAAGCAGUUACCAAAACACACAUUAAAUUCUCCAAGCAAGCUUUCAAAUCUGCCGCUGUUUCUAUUGUCAACAAAAUAUCCGAAUUGUCGGCCAAAGGCUUCAGAUUCUUGCUGAUGGCACGGGCGGACGUACAGAGAGUGUUCACCAAUACUUUGUCGCUGGGGAAUACUGACGAUAAGGAGAUCUCGACACAAGACCUACGCAAUCUGGUACAGCCAACUCUUGAACUUGCAGAGAAAGUCCUGUAUCUCUUUGAAGACAAAAUCUUACACACAGGCGGUAUUCAGUGGACGCACGCCUUCAUUGUGUACGACAUGGUCCUAUGCAGAAUUGACCCGCUCGGUCGCAAUAUGCCGUCUCGACCUGGCAGUGACAGGGUGUACAAUAUCUGCAAGAAGAUUGUGGACAGUCAAGACUCGGACUUCAUGGCAAAGGCGGAACCCCUAAAGGACUCUGUACCGACUCCUAAAAGAAACAAGGCCCGAUACGAGGAAGAGACGACCGUGUUCUCGGAGAAACUUGGCACGCAGCAGGUGACUCCUCUGAACGGAGACUUCGUGCCAGAUCUUGGCUUCUCCGACAUGCUCGACUGGAACUUUGAUGAUUGGAUGUUAUAUACUGACAUGCUCUGGUCGCCACAAAAUAUGCCUAUACCGGCCUUGUCUGGGCAAGUGUCACAUAGGUAG